AUGGAAAAUAAAAAAUUAAAGAAUUACAUAGGCAACGAAGAAAGCGAAAGAUUAAAUUUAAAUAGUAAUAACAAUGGUAAUAAUAAUAGUAACAAUAAAACAAAAAGUAGACAAGUAAAUAUGUUAAUUCAUUAUAAUGAUAGCAGUAACGUAAAAAAUAAAACUAUAAAGUUCAAUAAGUUAAAGGAUUCUUAUGAAAACAAAGAUUAUAAUUUAGAAAAUAUUUCACAUAUAGAUGAAAAUAAAUUUAUGAGAAAUAGUCAAAAUCAGCAAGGACAACAACAGCAGCAACAACAGAAAAAACAAAGGCAAAAGCAGAAACAAAAAAGGGCGAGUAGUUGUAACUUAUAUCUAUAUAAUGAAGACGAUGAGGAUCAUCACUCCGUUAAUCGCCAUGCCUACAAUCAUCAUGACGAUGAGGGUAUUAGGGAACCAAAACAUAUAAAUAAUAAUAAGUCGCAAGCGUGUUACGAAAAUAGUAAUAGAAAAACCUUGUACAGACACGAUGUAAUAAACGAGGAGCAGAAAAACAUUGAACUGCUUCUAUCCAGGCAGAAGAACAUUGAGCACAUAGAAUCUAUAAAUUUUGAUGACUUAAUGAAAAAUAAUUUUUUUAACGCGUUCAUCAGUAACAAUAACAGCAAUAAUAAUUGUAGUAAUAACUGUAGUAAUAAUUGUAGUAAUAACUGUAGUAAUAAUUGUAGUAAUAAUUGUAGUAAUAACUGUAGUAAUAACUGUAGUAAUAAUUGUAGUAAUAACUGUAGUAAUAACUGUAGUAAUAACUGUAGUAAUAACUGUAGUAAUAACUGUAGUAAUUGUAACAACAAUAGGAACAAUAGUAUCGGAAACAGUAGUAACAACAGGAACAGGAAUAAAGGGAACAGAACUAAUAGCAACAGGAACAGCAGUAGUAGAAACAAAGUGAUUGCAAACAAGAGAAUGACAAAAAGUGAAAACAAAAAGAAAAGGAGAGGCACACUUGAAGAAAUGGAAAUAAUUAACUUAGCUGAGGUACUUUAUAAAAUAAAAAAAGAAAAAGGUCGAGGAAAGGAACACGCCGAUAAGGAUGCACAAGGAUUUGAAGAAGCAGGUGAUGAUGUGUUUGAUGAUGUAUAUGGAGGUGCAUGUGAUGAUGCAUAUGGUGGUGAUACAUGUGAAUUAAUGUAUGGAGGUACAUGCGAUGAUGCAUAUUAUGAUGAUGCUUAUGGAGAAGCGUAUGAUCAUUCUUAUGGUGUAGAUUAUGAAGAGAUAGAAGAGGAUGAGGAUAUAGAAGACGAUGAGGAGGACGAAGAACAGAUUAGUGUUCACACAGAUAUAAGUAUUGAACAACGUGAGAAAAAAAAACAAAAUGAAAAUUUAAUUCAUAUUAAUGAUAAACGCACAUAUAAUAUUAUGAAACAAGAGUAUAAGAAAGCAGACAUGUAUUUUUAUAAAAAUAGUUUUAUAAAAUGUAAUAAUAAAAAAAAAGAAGAAAAACAACAAGUCUAUUCAAAUAUAGCUGAUAUAUGUAAAAGUUAUAUUAAAAAUAUUAAUAAUAUAAACAAAAAAAAUUAUAAAAAUGAACACAAGGUCAAUGCUUUUAAAGAAACAACCAACACAAUUAAUGUGUAUGAGGAUGCAUACAAUUAUGGUGAUUAUUACAAUAAUAACAUGUUUAAAGUUACACAUAAUAAAUCUCUAAAUUACAGCAAAGUUUUAAACAACGACUCUGGGGGUUAUAGGGGUUUAAGCAAUAAACUACUAAAUAAAAGAGGAGUUUUUAAAAAUCAGGUAUCAAACGGAAAAGAGAUACGCGGCAGGGAGGUAAGCGGAAAGGGUGUAAGUGGCAAGGGAGUAAGUAGCAGAGCCCCGAGAAAUAGUAAUAAUAAUAAUGAUAUUAAUAAUAAUGAUGUUAAAAAUAAUGAUAUUAAAAAUAAUAAUAUUGAUAAUAAUAAUGUUAUUAAUAAUAAUGUUAUUAAUAAUAAUGAUAUUAAUAAUAAUAAUAGUAAUAAUAAUGAUAUUAAUAAUAAUAAUGCAAAUAAUAAUAAUGCAAAUAAUAAUAAUGCAAAUAAUAAUAAUGCAAAUAAUAAUAAUGAUAAUAAUAAUAAUAAUAAUAGUAAUAAUAAUGAUAUUAAUAAUAAUGAUAUUAAUAAUAAUAAUGAAAAUAAUAAUAAUGAAAAUAAUAAUAAUAACGCUGUUGAUGUGAACGCCGUGCAGAAAGUCCCGUGUAAUGCUAACCUUGCGGAUGAGGAUUUAAAAACACAAGAAUUAAAAUUUAAUAGAAACAACUACAACUUAAACGAUAAACUUAUCGUACUAUCAAACAGCGUAGGAAGAAAUAAUUUAAGCCCCGUCGUAUUAUCAUAUAUAGAGGAAAAAAAGAAAAAUCUUGAACAAAAAAAAAAAAAAAAGAAAUACAAACAAAACAGCCUCAACAAACAAAAUAACACAAAAAUGCCAAGAAAUAGUAACUAUAAAUUUAAAAAUUACAAAGGGGGUGAAAAUAGCUUAAAUACAAAAAUUGACAAAAGUGAAAAGCAUUAUUUAAUUAGACAGUCAAAGGGAGUAACGGAAAAUUAUUUGUUUAGAAGUAAUGCAGCCAGCAGUGGUACUAACGGUGGUACUAACGGUGGUACUAACAGUGGUACUAACAGUGGUACUAACAGUGGUACUAACAGUGGUACUAACAAUGGUACUAACAGUGGUGCUAACGAUGGUACGAACAGUGGUGCUAACGGUGGUACGAACAGCGGUAUUAACAGUGGUAUUAACAGUGGUGAUAUUUGCGGAAAGAACGGCAACACGAAAAACGUUGAUGGUAUUGGAAUCAAUAGCGAGAAUGUGCUUUCAACAGAUAUCGUAACAUACUGUAAGGAAAAUAAUAUAGUUUUAACGAAUGAUGCAAACGACAUUUUAAAGUAUUACAACGAAAUGAACGCAGAUAAGAAUAUAUCAAAGGAGAAUUUUAAAAAGUAUAAUAUAAGACCCCACAAGUUAUUAGGAUAUAUGAAUAACGUCGGAUCAAGAAACGUCGAUGGUCUUGAGAUGGUUAAUAAAAACAAUAUUAUUUCAAAACUUACGUGUAAAAAUCAAGUAAAGAAUAGUAAUACUAGCAGAAAUGAUAACAAUAACAUAAACAAUCGUAUUGUAUGCAACAUCAAUAAUAGUAACAACAAUGGCAGUAACAGUAGUAACAAGAACGUUAGUAAUAGUUAUAGUAAUAGCCACAUCAAUAACCGCACCAAUAGCCACACCAAUAGCCACAUCAAUAAUCGCACCAAUAGUUAUACCAAUAGUCACACCAAUAGCCACACCAAUAGCCACACAAAUAGCCACACCAAUAGCCACACCAAUAGCCACACCAAUAGCCACACCAAUAGUCACAGUAAUAAUCACAAAACAUCUCCAAUGAAUAAAAACCGUAAGUACAUAAAUAACAUUGUAAAUUUAUUUCAAAAGAAUUAUCUUCGUAAAAUAAAUAAAGACAAUAAAAACCAAUUUCGUAUUCCCUUCACAUGUAAGAAUAAGCAUUACAAUGAAAAUGUGGAUAUAAAUUUAGACAAAAAAGGACUGGCUUACAAGAAUUUUAUAUCGUUGAUAAAUGACUUAGAUCAAGGGGAUGGUCUAGGUUCAGUUGGUGAUGUCAGCAGGAGAAAUCCUCUUAACACGUACGAGUGUGUAAAUGUGGAUAAUGCAAAGAGCAGUCACAGGAGUGGUAGCACCUACAAUAAAGUGAAACAUGGCAUUGUAAGUAAUGCAAACGAUUAUAUUUGCACAAAUGGUUUUUCUAACUCUGCAUCGAAUGGUGCGUCUAACGCUGCUAAUGAUGGUGGUAUUCACAAUGGUUCGAAUUAUGCUGAUAAUGCUACCUCUAAUUUUACCACAUAUUUUAACGAUUGUGUGCACAAAGUAGAGGACGAGAAGCGUAGUGUGAAGGAUAAACCCACGACGCACUUAUUAAAAUGCAGACAAAACCAGUACAGUGAAUUUGUUAAGUUAUAUGAUGAUGAAGAGCAGGAAAAAAUAAUGAAUUGCUACUAUGAGGAUGUUAUUAAGUGCUAUGAAAAUUAUACUAUAAAUGGACAUGAAGAUGAAAGACAUUUUUAUUUUUGUGAAUUUUGCGAACAAAAUGUAUUUAAUUUAAGUAAUAUAUUAAAAUCUGAUGAAGCGAAAGAAUAUAUAUAUACUUGUAAUAUUUCAUGUGGUAGGACUUAUCAUAAGAAAUGUGUGAGUUAUAUUAAAAGAGAGGAUAAGUAUAUUUGUUUUUUUUGUUUAUUUAAUAUUAAUUUUUGUACCUUAUGUAAAGAAAUUACAACAAAUGAUAAACUAUUACCAUGCUACUAUCCACUAUGUAAUGUAUUUUUUCAUUUAAAUUGUAUUGAUCAUUUGAAUUCAUUAAAAACAGAAUGCUUAAAACAAUAUGCACAUGUACCAUGUUGUAAAGAUAAUAAUAAAGAAGAUAAAAAAAAAAAGAACGCAAAUAUAGUUAUUAAUAAAUUGAAGGUAGAGGAAGAAAAAGAAGCGAUAAACGGUAUAAAAAUUAAAAAAAAAAGACGUCAUUAUAGAAAGAAAAAAAGAAUUGGAAAAAAGAAACAUUUAACUUUAGAUAAAAAAAUAAAUAAAAAUCAUCUGCUCUAUGACAAGUCUGAUGUGAACAUUACGAUGAAAAAUGAAAUGAGUACAAAAUCGGUAGAAAAUGCCAUGAUGGCAAACAAAAACAGCAGUAAUAAUAGUAAUAAUAACAAUAACAAUAACAAUAAUAUGGCGAGAUCUUCUCCUGUAAAUGCAAUAACUAACCACAAGAGCGAAAUUUGCAAUAAUAAUGAGAAUUCUAAUAAUAAUGAUGGUAAAAAUUGUACUAACAACGGAAGUUUAAGACUUAAUAAAUAUAUAUGCCCUUUGCAUGUGUGCUACGUGUGUAAGGAAUUUUAUAUAAUAAAUUUAGAAAAGAUAAAAAAUAGAUUAAACAACUGUUUAUUCAGAUGCAUCAAGUGCCUCAAAUCCGUUCAUCUUCAGUGUAUGACUAAUAAUUAUAUAAUAUCAUAUAGACAAAAAAUUAUGUUCUGUUCAAAGCAUGUAGAAUAUUAUAAGAAAAGGCACAUUAAAUCCUUAAAUAAUAUGAGGAGAAAAUGCAUAAAUGAUUCUGCCAUAGUUAAGAAGAAUGAACCGUAUGAAGAUUUACCGUGCACCAAUAACGGAGAAACCAGCAGCGGUAUUAACAGCGGAAUUAAUAGGGAUGAUAAUAAUUUGGUUGUUAGUGCUUCUGCAAAUGUGAGCUAUAACAAAAGUUACAACAAAAACGAAGACAUAUUUAAUGGUAAUAACGAUCUUGUUGUAAAUAUAAGGCAUCCAGUAGUACCACCACCACCCCGAACAGAAUCUGAUAAUUUUGUUUCAUGUGCAUCUAGCAAUAUUAGUAUUCGUUCCGAGAAUAAUUAUAUAUUAAAGGGUAAUAUUAAAAAGAGCAUGACUUUAAAUGGAACAUACAAUGAUGAAGAAUUAAACAGUAGUGAGCAAGUGAUAGGAAAAUUAAGAAUGUCUAACUACAGAAAAAAAGCUUCUAGUAUUGACUGUCAGCAGUUAAUGGAUAGAAAGAAUGCCAAUUAUGAGAACGGGUGUAGUUCUAGUAUUAAUAAUAACUCAGAUGAAAAAAUUAUGUUUGACUUAACCGAAGAUGGGGAGGAGGACAAAUUGUACGCCCCUCCAACCGUACAGAAGAGGGAACCGCGUGUGGGUGAGAAGUUGUUCAGGAAGGACGACGAUUAUAACAGUGUUCCACUAGAAAAUAUCAGUAACGGUAAUGGCAUGGGUAAUAGUUCUGGUAUUAUGGGUGUUAACCCCUAUAUUAUGGGUAUUAACCCCGGUAUUUGUGGUAGCCCUUGUUAUGGUUACAACAGCAGUGGUAAACAUAUGUGCUAUCCGGGAGGAACGAUUACUGGUAAUCAUAUCUCAGGGUAUAAGAAUUUAAGUGAACCACUGUUUACAAAUAUGGAUGAAGAAAAUAAAGGGCAAAAAAUAAGCAUAAGCAACUUGCCGAGCAUUACAAAAACUCCAAAUGAUAGUAUGAGUACGUGUACAGUUGUUAAGGAGGAUAUAAAUGAAAAGGAAAAUUUGAAUAUAAUAUUACCUAUUGAUGAUGAAGAAAAGGACGAACAGAAAAAAGGUGAUGAUGAUAGUUUAGCUCGAAAAAAAAAAAGAAAAGUUUCAAAUAUUAACGAUAUUGAUAUUUUAAAAAAUUACAACUUAGAUAUAAAUAUUUUAAGUGACUUUACAAAAAAUAAACCUGACCUAACAUUAACACAGAAAACGAAUUAUUUAAUUAAAAUUAGCAACGCAGAUGGAACAAAUGAUAGAGGAGUGUCUUCCUUAGGAGGGAAAUUAGAAAGAUCAUCAUUAGAGAGAUGCACGGUUGACAGGGAAAAACAGCUGCGUAAAAAUUAUGUGCACAGUAAUAGUUACGGCAAUAUUAACAGUAACAACUACAGUAACAACUACAGUAACAGCUAUAGUAACAGCUAUAGCAACAACAACAGCUAUGGUAGUAGUAACAGUUACACUAAUAACUACAUUACUAGUAGUAAUAACGCAAGGGAAAAUGUGGAACCGUUAAACAACAACACAGGUACAAGUAGUAACAACAAUAGUAAUAUGAGUGGUAUUAGUGAUAGGAAUAUGAACCCUUUGAAUAAUAAACGUCUUGUUAAGAAUCCGAAUAAUUGUAAAAUUGAAAAGGUUAAUAAGAAUACAUCUUUAUGUCAAAAUGUAUUUGGUGACUUAUACUUGAGAGAACAUUUUAGAAAUGAAAUGGAAUACAAUUAUUUUGUAAUAAUUAAAAUAAAGAAAAUUGUAGAUAUGGAAAGAUAUUUAUUAUCACUAAAUGAAAUUAAGGCUAAUCAGUUAAGCGAAGAGUGUGAAGAACACAUAAACAUUUUGUACACCUUGAGGGAGGACUUUAUCAAUUUUGUAAUAUUUUUGUUUAAGAAAAGAGGUGAAAAUAACAGUGAGAAUGAGGGCACUUAUGCUGGGCCCAAAAAUGAAGGCAGUUAUGUUGGGUUUCAAAAUGAGAAUAGGGUUUUUGGAAGAGAAAAAACUAAAGUAAGUCAUGUUGGAGGAAAAAUCGAAAGCAGUUAUAUUAGAGACAAGAAUGAGAGCGGUAAUAAUUUUGGCUUAAUUUUAGUGGAAAAUAAACACAUGAACAAUGCUAUGAGGAAAAGUAUGAUAAAAAAAAAUAUUAACAACAUUCCAUAUGUCAAUAAUGUACCUGAUACAAUCGAUAUCGUAUCAGAGGAGGAGUCCAAAAAAAAUACCCUAUAUAAUAACAUACAGAAUUAUGUAAACAAAAGAGAAAAAGAAGGGAUUAAGAAAAAUGUUAAGGAUAAAAUAAAAUGGGCAUCUAACGCUGUGCUAAGUAUAAUGUAUAAUGAAUUAAAAAAUUCUGUUAGUAUAAAUGUAGAAAAACAAAAUAUUAAAAAAAGUGGAGCCGCAAAUAAUAGUGAUAUAAAAUGUAUAAAGGAUGAACUGAUGGGGAAACAACCAACUCCGUUCGCACAUAUUAGCGCAAGUAGGAAUAGGAAUAUUUAUAGUAAUAUUAGUGGUACAUAUAAUGCUAGCGGCAACUACAACAGCAACAGCAGCAGUAAUAAAAGGUACGAAUUAAAGGUAAAUGCCAAUCAAGAUUUAGUUAAUUGUUUAAAUGUAAUGAUAGCAGGCAGGAAAAAAAAACAAGGUGCAAAAUGUAAAGAUGAAGAUGUUUCUAUGAAAGAAGAAGGGGCACUUGUUAACACGACUAAUAAGACCACGAACUGUGGUUAUUAUAACUAUAUGAGAAAGAAUCAAAAGAGUAAUGAUAUGCUUAACGAUACUGAAGAAAAUGUGAAUUCCUUAGAUGCUAAGAUUGUAGUAAACCCAGCAAAAGAAAAAUUAAAUUUUGUUCAAGAAAAUAAAAUCCCAGAAGAAAAAAAUAUUUCAAAAGGAAGAGGAAAACGUUUUAAAAAUGGAAAAUUAGAUAUGAAUGAUUUCUUUUUAAGUACAAAAAAUGGUUAUAGAUUUGAUGUCAGUACUUUAAAAAAAUAUAGUCCAUACUUGAAUUUUGAAUAUAUUUCGAAGAACAUGUACUUAAAUGAUCAAAAUAAAAACUUGCUAUCAUGCAAAACAGAUGAUUACAGGUGUUUAUGUCAGGGGGAAUGUGACCCUUUCACGUGCUACAACUCAUUGAGUAAAAUUCAGUGCUCUAAAAAUAGGUGCAAUUUGCCUAUACAAAUUCAGGACAAAAAAUGCUUCAACCGUCCGUUCAAGCAUUCCGCCAUAAAGGAUUUGGAAAUUAAAAAAACAGAGAAAACGGGAUAUGGUGUGUUUUGCAAAAGGGACAUAAAAAAUGGAGAGCUCAUAUGUGAAUAUGUAGGAGAGGUUUUAGGAAAAAAAGAUUUUGAAAAAAGAAUAGAAACAUAUCAAGAAGAAAGUAAAAAGACAGAGAUGUAUAAUUGGUAUUCCAUUCAAAUAAACAGAGAUGUGCAUAUUGAUAGCAGAAAAAAGGGAAGCAUUUCUAGAUUUGUUAAUCAUUCUUGUUCACCUAAUAGUGUUUCACAGAAGUGGAUAGUUAGGGGCUUUUACAGAAUUGGAAUAUUUGCCCUUCAGGACAUCCCAGCAGGGGAAGAAAUAACAUACAACUACAGCUAUAAUUUCGUUUUUAACAACUUCGAAUGCUUGUGCAAUUCAUCAAAUUGCAUGAACUACAACUUGAAGAAGAAAGAAGAAAGUGAUAACGACGUUAGUGAUAUGGAAAUAAGAGAUAAUGAUAUAUUUAAUCCUAUAGAAAAUUUUAAUAACUUACAUAGAAAAAUGCAAGACUGGAAUGUAAAUAUAGAGAAUGCACAAACAAAAUUGUUGUAUCAAUACAAUAAAAUGAAUGCAAUUAAUUUAAGGUUAAUGGAAAGUUUUUCAACAUGGAUAUUUUAUGAUAUGAAUUUUCAGAGAAAUCAGUAUUUUUCCCUUAAAUCAAAACCUUUUAAUGCUUUAAGUGAAUUUUGGAAAAUUCUGGUAUCUUCCUUUUCUGAUGGAGAAAGGAAUAUCAUAAAUGCAUUUAAUUUGUUUUUACCUUCUCUUAUUAAAAUAGGUCAACUGAGAAGGAUACAACAGUAUAGCUACAUUCUUCAUAACAUCGUUGGUGCGGAACACGAAAUGUGGAAUUUGAUUGACAAAGGAUUUGCCGAUGAUGAGGUUUGUAGAAAAUGCAAGAGCUGCGGUAACCUGACCAUGUGCGACAAAUGCUUUAAUAGCUAUCACCAUAUAUGUGGAAAUAUUCAUUCAAAAGUUUACAAAAACAAUGAAUUGGUUUUAUGCAAAUUUUGUCAGAAAUAUGAUUAUAAAAUAGAAUGGAUAAAACAAAACUAUAGGGAUAAAUUGAAAUGCUCAAUUGAAAUUCGAAGUAAUGCCUUUUAUAAACAAAACCGUGAUAUUAUAAAAUUACUAGAACAAUGUGUUAAAUAUACGGAAAAUCAGUCUUUACAUUCUAUUAAUGAGCAUAACGCAAAGGAAUGUAACAGCAAAAAGUUGAAGUUAAAGAAAUUUCAGUAUAAGUAUGUUAAAAUAUGA